UUAUGGAUGAUAUGGAUGUAGAGACAGAGCAAGGUGAAGUAGGGCAUUGUGAAGAAAUAAUUAGUGAUAAUGAACUACUUGAUGAACAAGUAUUUGUUCUUCCUCGUAAUCACACACCACAAGCAUAUCUUGAUAUGUCAAAUACUGAUAUGGCAAGUAUGGAUAUACAUCUUCCAGAAAAUAAUAUUGGUUAUAGAUUGUUGACAAAGAUGGGUUGGAAGGCUGGUCAAGGUUUAGGAAGUUUUGAACAAGGUAGAAGAGAACCAAUUCGAAUAGAUAUUAAAUCUGAUAGUUUAGGAGUUGGGAAAUUAGAGGAGGAAAAUUAUUAUCAUUUUACUAGUACCUUGAAACGUAAAGCAUUAAGUAAAGUUCUAAAGAAAGAAUCCAUAAAAAAAGAAUUAGAAACAGUUAAAGCAGCAUUUUAUUGUGCAUUAUGUGACAAACAAUAUGCUAAAAUAUCUGAAUAUGAAAAUCAUUUAAAACCAGAAUUGUUGCUUCAUGCUUUCAUAAAUUCUGACACCUUUAAACUGCCCCAUGACUUAAUCUUAAGCUUAGUAGAAUCAACAGAUUGGUGGGAUCUUGAAUAUGAUAUAUCAAUAUGGGCUCCUCAUUUGAUUAAUGACUCUUCUGAUCCAGCAUAG